ACCUACAAGAAAGUCACCUCAGAUUUUUUUGCUGUGAAGAAUACUGUUAUUAUUAUGUAUAUGUCUUUGAAAAUAAAAAAAACAAGUUAGCAGUUAAGAAAAAUAAUCUUAAAUAACCAAGAGCAUUGCUGAACCUGAAUCCUGUUUUUAAUUAUUCAGAACUGGGCCUCUUCAGAUAAACCAUGGCUUUUACAGGGGAUGAGACUCUGGAGAUGGCAGCUCUCGGACGACCCUUCCAGCUGGGAAUGCUGUAUGACUGCCGGAAGGAUCGCCUCAUUCCAGGAAUUACUUUGUGGAACCAAGAAGAACUACAAGGCAGCAUAAAUCAAAGAACCCAGCCGAUAACAGAGUUCAGCGUCACUGCCUCGGACUCCAUUGAAGAUAAGGCUUCUGCUUUGAAAGUGGACGCUUUCCUGAAGGCGAGUCUCCUGGGGGGUUUGGUUCAAGUGAGUGGAGCUGCAAAGUACUUCAAGGACACAAAGAAAUCAACAAGACAAUCCCGAGUCACUCUGCAGUACUACACAACGACACGAUUUGAGAAUCUGACCAUGAAUCAUCUGGCCAAAGGGAAAGUGUCUCACCCCAGCGUGUUUGAAGACAAGACAGCGACUCACGUGGUCACCGCUGUGCUGUACGGAGCUCAGGCAUAUUUUGUAUUUGACCAGGAGGUAUCCUCAGAGGAAAAGCAACAGGAAAUCCAUGGAGAAAUGGAGCUUGCAAUAAGUAAAAUACCUACAUUUACAAUCGAUGGUAAAGGCUCUAUUGACUUGAAGCAAACAGAAAAGGCUGAAGUUCAAAAAUUCGACUGCACAUUUCAUGGAGAUUUUCAUCUCAAAUCUAACCCGUCGACUUACCAAGAUGCUGUGAAAGCCUACUCAACUCUUCCAAAAUUGCUCGGGGACAAAGGAGAGAACGCAGUGCCUGUGAAGGUCUGGCUGUACCCGUUAAUCAAGCUGGACUCCAGGGCUGCCAAGCUGGAAAGGAACAUAAGUGACCACUUGGUAACAUCUGCGCAAACUGUCUUAGAGCAAUUUCAUACAAUCGAAAUGCAAAGCAACGACAUGAUAAAAGACAUUGCUGCCGGAAAAUUUCCUGAAAUCAACGAGAAGAUUAGAAAACUGAAACAAAGGACCUCACAGUACAAGUUGAAUUUCAUGAGCAAACUGUCCGCUGUGCUGCCUUCUAUCCGCGGAGGUGUACAAGAGGAAGAAUCGCUCGGAGAGAUUUUAAAAAAUCAUGAAGAGUCCCCUUUUAACUUUAAAGCACAAAAACUUUGGCUGAGCAACAAAGAAAGAGAAAUCAAUGCAGUGAGACGUUGCUUUACUAUUUUAAAAGACAUACAUGUUGUAUCUUCUGUGAAUGAGCUAGACGAGGAAGAAUUAAACAAUGAGAUUGAAAAUAUUGUUUGCUUUACGUUCACCUCACUGCACGAGCCAGAACCAUAUCUGGAAGAUCUAAAAAAAUACCUUGAACCCCAAGCGAGUAAGAAACCUCAGAGUAAGAAACCUCAGAGUAACAAACCUCAGAGUUAUACGCGUCAAGACAGCAAGCAAUGGGUGAGCAGCGAAACUAAUCUGAAGAUAAGAAUGUAUUUGAAGGUAUUCCAGGAGUUAAUGAACAUCAACAGGGAGAAUAAGAAAACAAAGUUCUUCAUAGUGUCUAAGGAAGACAAGAACUUUCCUGGAGCCUGCAUUCUCCUGCAUGACCAUGAGUCAUCAAAAUACAUACAUUUUGAGAUCCCAGCAAAACCUGACGUCCCUGAGGUCUGUGAUGUCACCCAUGACAGUGCGACUCUGAAGGUGGUGCCUCCCAGUAGUGAUGCUGAUCAGAAACUAAAAUACCAUCUGGAGUAUAAGUGCCUUAAUCAGAAGGAAUGGGCAAUUCAAUCCAGCACUAAUAAAACAGAGACCCUCACUGUAUCAGGCUUGCAACCGAACACAGAGUAUGAAUUUAGAUACACAGUGGAAGGGAAGUUGGGGUAUACUGUGAGCAGUGACACAACCAGCAAAGUCAAGACAACAAGUCCACCUGCACAAGAUACAGAUUCAGGAUACCUCUGUGUUGGCUCUCAUACAGUAGAUCGAAGGAUGAAAACCCGGUCGAACUCUGUGGCACCUCUCUCACCACAAACAUCAGAUCCAGGAUGCCUCCGGGUUGGCUCCCAUAUAGCAGAUCGAAGGAAGAAAACCCGGUCGAAAUCUCAGGCAUACCUCUCACCACAAACAUCAGAGAAUGAAGUUGCAGUUUCCAAUCUGCAGGCUCCAGAGCAAAAGAACAGAGCUGAGUGUUUAAAAUAUUUCUGUCAACUCACACUGGACCCCAAGACAGCGCAAAGAGAGCUCUGUCUGUCUGAAGGGGACAGAAAGGUGACAUGCAGGAAGGAGACCCAGCCAUAUCUUGAUGACCCAGAGAGAUUUGACAGCUGUGCCCAAGUGCUUUGCAAAGAGGGUUUGUCUGGCACUUGCUGUUACUGGGAGAUUGACAGAAGUGGGGGAGGGGUUAUUAUAGGAGUCGCAUAUAAAGGAAUCAGCAGGAAAGGAGAGGAUAAUUCAUGUAUCCUUGGACGGAAUGACAAGUCCUGGAGUUUGCUCUGCUCUGGUUCCAGUUACUCUGCCUGGCACAAUAACAAGAGAACUGCAAUAACUGCCCCAUACUUCCCCGGAAUAGGAGUGUAUCUGGACUAUAAUGCCGGUACUCUGUCAUUUUAUGGUGUCUCUGACACAAUGACCCUCCUGCACAGAUUCCAAACCACAUUCACUGAGCCGCUCUAUCCUGGGUUAUUUGUUUAUUAUGAUUCCUCUGUAACAAUUUGCCAGCUGAACUAGACUGUUUGUUUUGUAUUUUAAGAAAACAUUUGUAUUGAACUCUGUGUCUGUCCUCUCCACUCCUCAGGUGAAGGGAAUGUUUAAUCUGAUACAAGUUUAUAUGUACCAUCUGCAGAGCGAAACAACAUUAAUUGUUUGUUUUUACACUUGGAGCUGAGGCCUUAUUUUUACUAUUUAAUCUCUGUCAGGUUAGUGUUAUUGUGAUUGUAAACACUCACAACUGGAUAGGUGUUUCAGCAUUAAAUGUUCAAUAUGUCCUGAGUAUUUAUUGAUUACAAACACAUAAAUAGCAGCAAGUGGCAGACUUAGUUGGCAUUUCUGCACAGUGCUAGAAUUCUCACAGCAAGUACUGAUAAGUAUCUCUUAAGGUGAUUGUAGCUCACUAAAUAAUUCCACAAUGUGUUCCUAUAUUGCACUUCCAUUGGCUACAUAGGUCUCACAUGUGCAGUUUUGAAAAACAUGAGAUCUGGUGCUACUUUAGGUUAAGAAAGUUCACAGGUUCUAUUCCUUACAUAUAUAACGAAUGGAAGUGCACAACAGGUAAGAUUCAUGGAAUUAGUUUGUCAGCUACAUUCGCUAUAAAUGUCAGGUAGUGUAAAUAGCAGUUCACAAUACUUGCCAUGUCAAAGGUAUAUCAAUACAGUUUCUAGCAAAUUUCUGUUUACAAUAGAAUAAUGUUAGCUUUUAAACGUGUUGCUGAAGUUUAUGGUAAACUAUGAAGGUGUCAUUUUUAAAUAGUUUAUUAACACGUUAUAUAUGCUUAAAAUAUGAGUUAUAAUGCAUUAUGGAACAAGUAGUACAGGGUAGUUACAGUGUUUACUAAUGUGUUAUAAAUACUUAUAAUAGAUUAUAAUAUAAGAAAUCUGAAAUAAAUUAAAAUAUAAAACUGUAUAUUAGCUGUAAACAAAUCAAGACAAAUUACAUUAAACAAAAAUGUUUUACACUUAAUUAUAUGGGUCAUUUAUGUAUUUUAAAUU